UUAAUUUUGUCGCUCAGGAGGACUGGACCGUGUAGGAGAAAAGCUUCCGACUUAAAUCCUGGUAGUCAUUUAAGUUGGCAGUAAAGGCGCAGAAAUGUUGAUUAAAGUAAAGACUUUGACAGGAAAGGAGAUUGAGAUCGACAUUGAACCCACGGACAAGGUGGAGAGAAUCAAGGAGCGUGUAGAGGAGAAGGAAGGCAUUCCCCCUCAGCAGCAGAGGCUUAUUUACAGUGGAAAGCAAAUGAAUGAUGAGAAGACAGCAGCAGACUAUAAAAUCCAAGGAGGUUCUGUGUUGCAUUUGGUCCUGGCUCUGAGAGGAGGGGCAACAGCCUGGUGACUUGUCCCAUGGAUCCCCAGCCAGUGCACUAAUAUCUUGUACUUCUUCAUAUUUUUGUUUUUUUCCCCCCAUGUUCUUAAGUGUCCUUGUCAGCAUGCAAUCCACCUAUCUCUCUUCACCAGGACACAUUGUGCUUCAUAUUUUGAGGUUUCUCUUGUAUAAACAGUUUUUGUUUUGCAUCAGAUUCAAGCUGUGGCUGUCCAGAUAAACAAAAUGCAAUCACCCAGCAUCCACAGAAAUUGAGUGAAGUUGUUUUUUGAUGAGCUUAUGAAGGGACAGUGGACUGCAGUAUUUGAUUUAACCCACAUAAAGAAAAGCCAUUCUAGAAGUGAAUGCCGUAUGGUUAUCUGUUGAAAUUGUGAAUUACUAAAAGUUACAGUACAGGUAUCUUAUCCCAUAGUGAAAAAUAUUUCUUGACCAGUUUCCAUUACAGUUGGUUUUUGCAGUGUGGCCUAGCUUGUCUUUUUUAUUUAAAUAAAUGGUAAACAAAUACUA